CACGGAAAUCGCGCUGUGGAGCCAAAUUUGAAGGGAGCGGUGGCGCCCUGGUAGGCUGUGGCCGUUUCCUUGGCUACCGUGUCCGGUGGGUCUAACCGUCAUGCCCAUCCGUGCGUUGUGUACUAUCUGCUCGGACUUCUUCGACCACUCUCGAGACGUGGCUGCCAUCCACUGCGGCCACACCUUCCACCUGCAUUGCCUGAUUCAGUGGUUUGAGACAGCACCAAGUCGGACUUGCCCACAGUGCCGAAUCCAGGUUGGCAAAAGAACCAUUAUCAACAAGCUCUUCUUUGACCUUGCCCAGGAGGAUGAGAGUAUUUUGGAUCCAGAAUUCUUAAAGAAUGAACUGGACAGUGUCAGAGCCCAGCUUUCUCAGAAAGAGAGGGAGAGACAGAACAGCCAGGCUAUCAUUGACGCCCUGCGAGACUCGCUGGAAGAGCGCAAUGCCACUGUGGAAUCUCUUCAGAAGGCCUUAGGCAAGGCUGAGAUGCUGUGUUCCACUCUCAAGAAGCAGAUGAAGUACUUGGAACAACAGCAGGACGAGACCAAACAAGCACAGGAGGAGGCCCGUCAGCUCAGGAGCAAGAUGAAGACCAUGGAGCAGAUUGAGCUUCUACUUCAGAGCCAGCGGCCCGAGGUGGAGGAGAUGAUCCGAGACAUGGGUGUGGGACAGUCGGCAGUGGAGCAGCUGGCUGUGUACUGUGUAUCCCUCAAGAAAGAGUAUGAGAAUCUAAAAAAGGCACGAAAGGCCUCGGGGGAGCUGGCUGACAAGCUGAGGAAGGACUUGAUUUCCUCUAGAAGCAAGUUGCAAACGGUCUACUCUGAAUUGGAUCAGACUAAGCUAGAACUGCGGUCUGCUCAGAAGGACUUACAGACUGCUGACAAGGAAAUCAUGAGCCUGAAAAAGAAGUUAACAGUACUGCAGGAAACCUUGAAUCUGCCACCAGUGGCCAGUGAGACUGUCAACCGCCUGGUUUUAGAAAGUCCAGCCCCAGUGGAGAUGAUGAACCUCAAGCUCCGCCGACCGUCCUUUGGGGAUGAUAUUGACCUCAAUGCUAUGUUUGAUGUGGAUACUCCCCCAGCCCGGCCGUCCAGCUCCCUACAUGGCCACUCCAAGAAGCUCUGCAUGGAGAAGACACACUCUCCUGUUCAAGAUGUCUCCAAGAAGAUAGCCAAAGGCUCCAAGCAGGAGCCCCAGCUCUUGUUGGGUGGCCAGCGCUGUGCAGGAGAGCUAGAUGAGGAAUUGGCUGGCACCUUCCCUCCCUUCAUCCGCAAUGCUGUGCUUGGCCAGAGACAGCCCAAGAGGGCCAAGACAGAGUCCUGUCGAAGCACGGAUGCGGUAAGAACAGGAUUUGAUGGGCUUGGAGGGCGGACAAAAUUCAUCCAACCAACUGACAUGACCACGAUCCGCCCAUUGCCUGUCAAACCCAAGGCCAAAACUAAGCAGAAAGUGGGAGUGAGACCUCUGAACCCUCCCUCCCAGGCCAAGCUGGACACCUUUCUGUGGCAGAGAGACUAAUGAACCCAAGCAGUGGCCAGAUAUGUGCUUCCAAUUUGUAGGUCAAGGACUGGCCAGGACAGGGUUUGGGUUUCUUUUUGGGACGGGGGAGCAUGUGGUGGCCCCUCUUCCAAGGCCAGUCCUGGGAGCAAGGACAAGUAGGUGAGAAUGAGCAUGCACUUACCUGCCCACUCCCAUCAUGCUGGGCCUGCUUUUGGGAGCUGGUGUGACCAGUUUGCUGUUGCUGUCAGCAACCUGCUCCUGGAUCUGGGAUCCUGUAUGUAGCCAUAGUCGGAUGUGGCUGAGUUCUUUUGGGUCCUGGAGACCAGACUGCUUUGUUGUCUGUCUUUAUGGACCAAAAUGCUUGAGAACUUUCAUCUUCUAUGUGUUUCUGACCUACAGCUAGGCAUAGCCUGGCAGAUGCGGAAUGGGAGAUGGUGUUGGGAAGAGAAGUAGAAGAUUUCUAAGCAAAAUAAA